AUAUUUUCCCGGUCGGCCGGCGAGUCCACAGCACUCUGUGCAGCUUCGGAGCACAGCAAACAUGGAGAGCCUGUCGUCUCUCCUCUCCUCUCCGAGUCCACCCAUCAGCUUCAGUCCACGCAAGUUCUCCUCUUCAACCUCCGCCUUCAAAGCUGUUGCUGGUUCAUUAGCACUCGCGCCAUCCUCCUCCUCGUCGUCGUCGACUGCCUCGCCCCAGCGGAGAAAGCCAAGAACAUCCGCUCCAAAGCCGAAGCUCCCAAAAGCGCCUUCACCUCACCCCACAGAACUCGAAACGGUUGCAGCUCCUGGCACGACCUCAGCUCCUCGUGUCCCCACUAAGAAGGUUUUGGUACCUAUCGCAUUCGGCACGGAAGAGAUGGAAGCAGUUGUGCUGAUCGACGUCCUUCGACGAGCCGGCGCAGAUGUGGCCGUGGCUUCUGUGGAGCCGCAGCUCCAGGUCGAGGCUUCUGGUGGGGUCAAACUCGUUGCUGACACCUGCAUCUCCGAAUGCUGUAACGACAUUUUUGAUCUCGUGGUGUUGCCGGGCGGGAUGCCUGGCUCAGCACGUUUAAGAGAUUGUGAGACUCUGCAGAAAAUUACGAGCAAACAGGCAGAGGAAAAGAGACUAUACGGGGCUAUAUGUGCCGCUCCUGCAGUCACACUUCUCCCAUGGGGUCUUUUAAAAAGAAAACAGACUACCUGCCACCCUGCAUUUCAUGAUAAGCUCCCUACUUUCUGGGCUGUUAAAUCGAAAAUUCAAGUCUCCGGAGAGCUCACCACAAGUCGUGGUCCAGGAACUUCACUUGAGUUCGCAUUGUCCUUGGUAGAGCAGCUUUUUGGGGAGUCCGUUGCUCGGGAUACUGGAGAAUCAUUGCUGAUGCAAGCUGCUGACAAUAAUCCCAGAAUUGAAGAGCUAAACAGAGUUGAAUGGUCUAUCGACCACACUCCUCGUGUUUUGAUUCCGAUGGCCAAUGGCUGUGAAGAAAUUGAAGUGGUAACCAUUGUAGAUAUUCUACGGAGAGCCAAAGUAGAUGUAGUAAUUGCUUCGGUUGAAAAGAAUCUUCAAAUUUUGGCAUCCCAAGGCACGAAAAUUGUAGCAGACAAGUUAAUUUCUGAUGCUUCAGAGACAGUAUACGAUUUAAUCAUUCUUCCGGGAGGAAAAGCAGGUUCAGAACGAUUACAGAAGUCCAGAGUUCUAAAAAAGUUGCUGAAAGAACAAGAUUCAGGUGGAAGAAUUUUUGGAGCUAUGUGCUCUUCACUAUCCGUCUUGCACAGACAUGGGCUUCUGAAAGACAAGAGAGCAACCGCACAUCCCUCGCUCAUGGGUGGCCUUGACCUUUCUAAUGAAGGGAUUGAAGGAGCGAGAGUAGUAAUUGAUGGGAGAGUGAUCACAGGGCAAGGAUUAGCUUUGGCGACAGAUUUUGUGUUGGCAAUUAUUAGCAAGCUCUUCGGCCAUGGAAGGGCAAGAAGUGUUGCAGAAGGGCUUGUCUUCGAGUACCCUAAGAGUUAACUGAUUCAGGAGAUACAAUGAAGAUUUUGCCCAUCUCAAACUUUAUAUUCGAGGAGUUAAAAACUCCAUGUUCGGCUGAGAGCUGAUGAUGGAGAUACACUUUUUGCUUGUUCAUUGUGUACUUCAUCAGGCUGAGGGAGGUUUAGCAUUGGUGCAAGUCCAAAGCUUGAGAAUGUCCAACGACUAAUUAAGAAGAGGCAGGUCGAGUGUGAUAGUUGCAGUUGAUGGUGAAUGUUUAUGUAUGGCUAGAGGUUUCCCGCACCAGAAUGACCUGUUCUGAAAAGGCAAGAUCUAUGUUCGAACCGUGCCUUUUUAUAGUUUAAAGGACUAUAACAGCUUCUAGAAUGUUGUAAGAAAUUGUACCAGUAUAUCGGUUGUGGUCUCCUUACGUGUUGUAGUAAGUCGGGGAUUCAUAUAUCCAAUCAUCCUUUUUCCAGGGGACA